UACUCCUAAACCCAUCUCCUCUAUGUAAAUACUAGAUCAGUUUUCAAUUAAAUUUUUUUGCUUCUCUUUUAACACCACACACCUUCGAGUACUGCAAGCAAUCUUCUCAGCUCCAAAGGGGGGAAAUUCUAAGUUAGACUCAAAUAGAAAUACUAUAUACUUGUCGCAUGUCAAAUUCAGACUCUGCUGCUACAAACGGAGCAGUAAUGGAUGCCCAGAGACAACAAGCGCCGACCAACGGUUCCCUUCCCGUCGAGAAACAUCCUUCCAAGGACCGCCACAGCAAAGUCGACGGUCGUGGCCGAAGAAUCAGGAUGCCCAUCAUCUGCGCCGCUCGUGUUUUUCAGUUGACUCGCGAGUUGGGUCACAAAUCCGACGGUCAGACCAUUGAGUGGCUGUUGCGCCAAGCUGAACCUUCCAUAAUAGCCGCUACGGGUACGGGGACGACUCCGGCCAGCUCCUCCACCGUGUCGGUUUCCGUCCGCGGAGGGGCUAAUUCAACUUCUCUGUCGUCGACUGCUUCUCCGUCGUCAUUGCACCAUAAACCUUUGUUGGGUCCCACCCCUUUUCUACUAGGGAAACGUGUCAGGUCCGACGACGAUAAAGCCGGGAAGGACGAAUCCGGAGGGGCCACGGUGGGACCGGGCCUUGGGCCUAUCGUGGGGCCCGCGGGGACACUCACGGGUGCGUUCUGGGCUGUUCCAGCGAGGCCUGAUUUUGGUCAAAUAUGGAGCUUCGCGCCCCCGCAUCCUACGGAGAUGGUGGUACAGGCGGCUGCUCAGCAACCAGCUGCAGCUGCGUUUUUCGUUCAGCAACAGCAAGCGAUGGGUGAAGCGUCGGCUGCUAGGGUUGGAAAUUACCUUCCCGGCAAUCUGAAUUUGUUAGCCUCACUGUCGGGUGCUCCGGGAGGUUCUGCUCAAAGAGACGAUGAUCCUCGUUGAAUUUCGGCGGGCCGUUUUACCGUUGUUCUUGGAGUAUAUAUUUAAAUGAAUACAUAGAUUCUAUAAAUAUUUGUGUACCUUGUUGUUUUCAUGUGUGUGGAUGUGGAGGAUCAUUUUUAGCUCGAAUUUUAGGGGUUGGGGAAUAGGGUUUUGAGGGUUUAGGGUUUGCUAAGAUGAUACUAUGCUUGGCUUGAUGUUGUGGAUAUAUGGUCUCCCUAAUUUGCUGAAGUUCCAUUUUGUUUUCGCUUAAGGUGUUACAGGAAUCAUCAGUUCUUUGCUUCCACCUGGCGUUGCCAAGUGUUGAAAAUUAUGGUCAAGUUCGUAGCUCAUAAUAUGCCACGGAUGUGGUUUGUUCUGGCUCUCACAUCCGCUUUCAGUAUUUGUGUUUGACAGCAUGAUCUCAAAGGAGACUGCCGUGUGAAAGAUUUGGUUCCUUUCUGUAAGAACUUUAUUUUGGAAAAAACUGUGUUCUUAGCCGUUUCUUAGAUUUAUCAGCGUGCGAAUAAUGUGUCCUUCGUGUAUUGUGAAUAAAACCCAUUAUGUUCUUC